CCGAAGGCCUCGGUCAUGUGACGAGGGCAAGGAGCUGUACGCGGAAGUGCGUUCCCUUGUUGGAUGGGGGCAGAGGGGAUGGCCGCUGUAACGGUGGGCCCUAGGGUACCUCCUGCAGCCGCUGGGCCAGGAAUGGGGCCGGGACCGGCGGAGGGCGCCGACGCUCUCUUCGUAGCCUUGAGCGCCGGCUUCACGACCUUGAGCCACCCUCUGCUCUAUGUCAAGCUGCUGGUGCAGGUGCGGUCACAUCCGAAAGCCGGUUCCGGGUGGGCAGUCUCUGUGGGCCUCUGACGGAGCUGGCAGCCCCAAGAAUUUGCGGGUUGCGAAGCAGGGCCCGAAAAUUAAUUAGAGUUAUUGGUAUUUGCUGUUUAUCUUGGGAUGUGCCUCCCAGCAUCCCUGGGCAAGUAGGUGUAGCCUUCGUCUUAAUUAUUGGGGCUGCCCCUAAUUAGGGCUCAGUUUCCGGGUUUUGUGGUAGGUGUGACCCCUUGCAACAGGUGGAGGAGGGUCAGUUCCUAUAAAUCAGGCUAAUCUCCUUUUUGCAAUUUAACUAGAUAUUGUAAAGAACGUUGCUGUUCCGCUUGCUGUAUAAAAUGGCACUGUCACAACUAAAAAUGGUGUGUCUGUGAGAAUGAUUUGGACAGUUUAUCCUUCACCAUAAGGGUUCAGAGUGGGUUAGAACAAUGCAAAAAGACAAUACUAAAAUUAGCUAUGAGGUACCGGGCCUGUAAAUCUUUUAAUUCAGUAAAGGGUUGGUGUUGGUGAAACUGAGUAAGAACUGAGAACAAAUGGGAAAAUGUACCAUCUAUAUAGGAUGUAAACUUAUGAUUGAAGAACACUGGUAUGGGGGAUUCUUCCAAGAAGCAGAUGUUGCCUGAUUGGUAUCUCUUUUAAAGGUUGGGCAUGAACCUCUUCCUCCAACUGUUGGGAGAAACUUGUUGGGAAGAAAAGUACUUUACCUACCUGGCUUUUUUACAUAUGGUGAGCAUACUUUAAUAAAAAUCCAAGGAAAGUUUGACAGUACAAUGGUACCUCGGGUUACAAACACUGGGUUACAGACUCUGCUAACCCAGAAGUAGUACCUCAGGUUAAGAACUUUGGCCAAGGAUGAGAACAGAAAUCGUAUGCCGGGGCACAGCGGCAGCAGGAGGCUCCAUUAGCUGAAGUGGUACCUCAGGUUAAGAACAGUUUCAGGUUAAGAACGGACCUCCAGAAUGAAUUUUCUUAACCCGAGGUACCACUGUAGUUAAAUAAGGAUAAUACAAAACUUAGAAAUGAUAAGUCAACAGUAGUAUAGUGCUGUGAUAAAUCAGUUCUUUUUUAAAAAAAAGUCUUUUCUGUGAACAAAGUUGUUUUUUUAUGAGAAUAUAGAUGCUGCAGGAGGAAUACUGCUUAGAUCAUCUUGAUUUGCAAUGAUCACAGACAAAGACAAAAAAGUGAUAGCUAAAAUUGUAUGGUGCACUAGGUUUUCAUAGUUUAAACUGGGAGUACUCUCCAGUAGACCUUAUCUUCUGAGUAGGCAUGUGCUGAAUUGCAUUAUUGCCUUUUAAAUCUUGUAGGCAGUGGCCCAAUUGCAUGUAAUGCUAAGUCAUACUGUAUCUAAGCAUGAAUGCAUGAAUAUGAAGGUACUUGCAGUAAAAAAAAGCUGCUGCUGCUGCUCUACUUAACAUGAAACCAUGGUUUGGCACUACUACAGCUGAACCCAGGCACAUAGCUAGUCUCACUCCAGACAAACCAUGAGCCUGGUUUCAGAUAUAAUGCUAAGCCAAACCAUGUCUUCAUUUUGAGUAACUCAGCAGCAGUACUGGGGGAGGAACAAAGUGGCUGUAAUUUUUACAGUGAGUACCCACACGCUUAGCCAUGGUUUGGCUUAGUAUUGCAUGCAAACCAGGCUAACACUCUUUAUCUCAUUUAUAUUGCUAGUCAUUUUGUAACAGGAAAAAAGUAUUGUCUAUGCCGUAGAUUGUAUGGAAUCAUUGUUGGUCCUUAUUGACUUAGAAAGGGUUGCAUUUGCUGCAAAAAGUGCAGUUUGGUGUGAAUAAUAUCUACUUAUAUGAAUAAUGCUAAUAAUAAUAUAAUAACAACAACAACAAUAAUAUUUCUUAUACCCCACCCAUCUGACUCGGUUGCUCCAGCCACUCUGUCACUUCCAACAAAAUUACAGGAAAAAACAACAGCAACAUCCCUAGUGUUAGGCCAGAAAACCCUUUUUAGUUGAUCGUACUUUUUUGAUUUUGGGACAUCCAUUUAGAUGGAUGAGGAUUUCAUCCUUUUUGUAAAUUACUUUGAGGGUUUGUUUGUUUUGCAAUCAAGCAGUGUAUACAUUUUAUAAAGCUAUCAAAUUAUAAAAUAAAUCAUUUCGUUAUAACAGAUAUUAGCUGUGAAAGUGUUACUAUGCGUAGUGGUAUGAUUGUUGAGGGUUUAGUUUGCUACUUUCACCCAUACCACUUAUGUGCUUCUCUUAGAGAAAUGUUUGGCACCUAUUAAAAAAAUAUUCAUUAGCAAACAGUUUUGCAUAAAACAGAAUUUUAAAAGACAGACACAUUUAUAGCAUGUAGAGAGGCAAAAUGUGUAUACAUCACUGCAUGGAUCUAUAAUACUCCUUGCUUUCUACGUAUAUAAUGGUAUAGAGCAAUCAUACUGUGAUGUAGAAGCUGGGGUUUUUUUUGCUAAUGAAGCUUUUUAAAUGCAUUUCUUUGUGAUUGUUUUAUUGUGUGAAGCAUGACAGUCAACUGAAGAGCUAGUAUAUCAGCUGUUUAAUGAAGAUCACUUUGUAUAUUUGCUUUUACAGAAACAUUUUCUCUCUUUUGAAAAAAAAAUACAGUUAGGAAAAAAUACUGCUUUACAGCAACGUGAGGGUUGGAAAAGUGGAAUUAGUCUUAUAUUUCCACUGUAGCAAACAACCACGGCAUUAUACUAUACUAGAAGCACAUUUGUGUUUUUCCUCUCUGUCUUACCAUCCGAUGCUUGUAAUAAUUUAGGCUCUAUGCAAUUCCUUUCAAAACGUUUUGCAGAUUAUAACCUGAACCCUUUGGGGUGGAAGGAGGCAACACAGCUAAGCACGAGUUAAAGGAAUCUUCACACUCUGACCUAGCCAGUAAAAUCCAGUGUAACUCUUUAAGGUAGGCAGACCACAGCUGAAAGAUUUAGUUGACAAUGUCAGGGUUCUCCUCAUUUUACAAUGGGAUCAUCAGUAUCAGUGGAUAGUCUAAUGCCCUGAGACGUGUUAUUCCAAAUAGACGUUUAGUCAGCUGCAAGUUGGAGCUUCUGAAGACUGACAACGAUGAUGAUGUGACACCACAAUCGUUUAUUUCCUAGCCAGACACAUUGUGGAAGUGGAUGGGAAAAGAGGCCUUUUCCGUGGCCUUGCUCCUCGAAUUCUCUCUAGCACUUUAUCCACCAUAAGCAGAGGGAGAGUAAAGAAGGUAAGGUUCAAGUUUGCUCUCUGCACUCAGUGUACUGAAGGCUAGUUGUGAAUGACUUUUUUUUUUAAAGAAAGUCAGGUCAGCAUUUCAUUAUAACUCAGGUGUCAGCUGACACCACUGUGGAGUGAGAAGGAAUGAGCUUCAAGAGCAACUACCACUGCCACUGCUCUGGUUGUGGCAAACAGCCCCUUUCCUUCAACCAGAGGCAGUAAAUCCUUUGCAAGAUCCUGAGUUGCUGAGCUGAAAGAGCAGCAGCAGCUGCUGGCCUUAUGCUGAACGGAGGCCCUCCGAGCAUGUCUUUUAACUUUCCCCCUUUUUCAUUCUGUGAACAAUUUCCUGAAUCCUCAGCAUUUAUUUUUUUUAUUACGGUCCUACACUGAUGGCCCUCUUGGACCAUAUUUUAAAUUAAUUGAUUAUUAAGUCACCAUCAGGCUGCUUUAGGAAUGUCUUGAGUGCCUUCAGCCUCCCUAAAAUAAUGAUGUGCUGAUCCUCUCUUAGUGACCUUUUAUUUCCUGUGAAAGCCUGUUAGUCUGACACUUCUUGGCCUGCUCGGUCUUUGACAGUGGGGCUGUUGAUUUCACUUUUCUAAUCGUCAGUGACAGCUCCUCAUUAAGGAUGGGAGGAGUGCUGCUCUGUCUCCUGCCAAGAUGAGUUGGCUGCCUUCCACUCCGUCCCCUCCUGCUGUGCACAGGAAAGCUCCGAAAGCUCAACACUGCCUGAUUCAGCUCUAUGGUUCGGGAGCCUGCGCCGGCUGCCACUCCCUCCCGUCUGUGCAUUGCUUGGAAGCGGGAAGAGAGGCUCAUUCAUGCUCCUUCAGCGCUUUCGAGUCUGGGCCUCCUCAUGCUGAUUCUCUUCCUGCUAAUGAUGCUUUAGACACAGGGUGAUGAGCAGGAGGCAAGUGCAUGCUUCCAAGCUGGGCAUUUUCAAAGUGGAGAGCAACUUCCUUCUCCAUUUCUGUGAGGCAGAGAAAGUUGUGUGUGCGCGCACACACACACUCCCGACAGGGCUCCCUUGCAGCAAGAGCAUAGGGAGAAGGGAAGGAAGUUGGGGAAGGGCCAUAGCUUGAUGAUAGAGCACGUGGUUCGCAUGCAAAAGGUCAGAGGUUCAACUCUGGGCAUUUUCAGGUAGGACUGGAAAAGCACUGGACAGCUGUGGCCAAUCCAUGUAGACACUUAUCUAGGUUGGCUAAUGAACUGACAUGGUUCCUACUUCCUUAAGGAGGAAGGAGGAAGCAAAGAUGGGAGUGUAGCUCACUGGGCAAGUCACUAUCUUUCAACCUAAUCUGUGUAACAUGGUGAUCCCCCCCUCAUGUAUGGUCCUCUGAGCUCCUCUCCCAUUCCCCCCCAGCUAUAUUUAUUAGAAAUGGGGAAUAGGGAGCCUUGGGAACACCCCUAAGAGCAGAUGCAUCAAGUGCCAUUGCUCUUCAUAGCCAAGUCUCUGAAGGGAGGUGAGCUUCAUAAUGUCUGUCCAGGAUUUAACUUCCUUCCGCAAGGCCUGUAAGACAGAACUAUUCCGCCUGGCUUUCAAUUUGAACUUAGCCUGAUCUUUUAUUCCCCUUCCUUCCCUCCCUCUCCCCUUUUUAUGAAGAUUAUCCACUCUGGGAUCCCACAGCUAAUUCUUCCCUGGUCUCCUCACUGGCCCAAAUAGGACUAAUUUAGCCAACUAGCCCUGGUGAUCAUCUAAUGUUUAUUGGAUGGAUUUUCCCCCAAAUUGAUUUUUGAAUUCUGAAUUUAUUGUUAUUCACAUUUUAAUACUGUAUUUUAUGCUGUUUUUUGUUGCAUCAAUUAAGUGUUUUAAAUUUGUUGUUAGCCACCCUGAGCCCGGUUUUCUGAACCGGGAAGGGCGGGGUAUAAAAAAAAUUAUUAUUAUUAUUAUUUAUUAUUAUUUUGUCUUUUAGGCCUUUCCUUUGGAGGAUAUAGAACAUGUUUCUAACAAGGAUGAUGUGAAAACGUCCCUCCUGAAAGUGGCAAAAGAGGUGGGAUCCAUUAUCAAGCAAUCUUUCUUUACUUAAUCUUUUACCUAGUGUUGGGGAAAAAGCAACACUGUUUUGCAACUUGGCAUUCUCAUAAAUCUAGGAAAGUUAACAUGGUUCAUUUCUCCCCAACUUCCUGUAAGGCUAAACCUAGUUUGGAAAACUGCCUGGGGCUAACACUGUGAGAAGAUUGGAAAGGUUGAAAAUGCAAAUAUGGGGUCAGCCUGAUUUCUUAAGAUUUUGGCUCUUCUGCCACCCAAGAAAUUAAAAAUCAAAAUGAAUGGAUUUAAUCUCACUAAAUAAUUGCAGAACAAUUUCUGUGAGCACAAUGGAAUUUCACUACCACCACCCCCAAAUCUUCAGAGGAUAGAGAGAACCUGCAGAGGACAUUCGGCAGAUGAGUGGGGAGAGGGAAGGGAAGUUCCAUUGCCAUUGUAGAAUUUUCUUCUGCACUUGCACAACCGAGUGUUGCACAAUACACUCAUGGAAGGGACUUCCCUUCCUCCCCUUGUGCAACCUGAAAUCUGCUCCAGAGGGUCCCCCAAUGCUUUGGAAGAGCUUUUGAGAUGGAGGGGUUGCAGAGGGGAGAAGGGAGAAGUUCUGUUGUUCAAGUAGGAGCCUGCUGUACAGGUUCUGUGGCAGCAUUAGAUACCAUCAAAUGAUUUUUGAAAAAUGGCAUAAUGAGAAUAUAAAAGACCUGAAAGUGGUCUUCCAACAUAUAUAAUGUUGUGAAGCUUGAAAAGUUUUGAAGAAAGCAGAAAUUUGCCUUCAGACAUGGGUAUACCUCUGAGGUCAAAUUGUUUGUGUUACUGAAGCUUCACAAUCUCUCCUCUCUGAAUUAUCUCAUAUACAGUUACAUCAGAAUAAAGAUAUGUGGGAGGCAGGUCAUGGCUUGAGGUAAUGAGACUCUGGGAAUUGCUGCCUUCUGUGUAGUCUCCCCCCCCCCAUUUGUUUUUCAAAACACAAAGCUGAAACACUUAAACGCAAUCGGUUUCCCAACAUAGUCCUAAUGACAGUGUGAUCAGUUGCAGCCAUGCCAUUUCUCAGAAGGUGGUUCAUACUGCACUCUGCUUGACCUUCUUCCUCAGACCUCCCAUGAGAUGAUGAUGCAGUGCGUAUCCCGGGUUAUCUCUCACCCGCUGCAUGGUGAGUUGUGUGGUCUGCUGCCUUCCGAUCUCUUUCUAACCUUGAGGGUUGUUGGGUUUUUGUUUUGUUUUUUACAAUCGAGUGGUAUAAAAAUUUUGAUAAAAAGAAAAACUAGCUUUUAGUUUGUGUCUUGAAGCAAUUGUUUUAAACAAAAUUGGAAAAGAUAUUCCUAGCCAUGGCAGGAGCCUGAUCUUGAGUCAGACUCAUUUGAGAUGUUCUUACUUACUAAAGAAAACAUUUCUCUCCUCCCCUUUCAGGUGUUAAAACCUAUAGAGAAGGAAGUUUGCUGUCACUAAUGAUUGCUGAAGUAAAUUUGAUUCUGCAUAGAAAUACAGGAGACUGAGACUUGUUCCAUUUCAUGACAUUUUGGUCCUACAGCUUACAUAAUAAUAGGUGCAUGUGCUGAAGUGUAAGAGGGAUAUUCACUCUCCAACUGAAGAAAAUAUUUCAUACAUCUAACAGGGUGGAUUCUGAUGCAGGGAUGAAUAACCUGUGGCCCUCCAGACAUUGAUGAACUACAGUUCCAAUCACUCACAGCCAGCAAGGACCAGUGAUCAGGGAUCCUGGGUUCUUGUGUGGCAGCAUCAGGUGGGCCACAGGUUCCCCAUAAUCAGUGAAAUCUUACGCAACUUACUAAUGUUUAAGGAGCCACAAGGCGCUCCUGGGGUUUUUGCUGCUAGGGAGGUAUGCAUUUAUAUCUCUGUUAAGCAUCAUGAACUAAGAACUAUGAAUGAUAGAAUGCUGCAUUUUUGUGCCUCAUGUGCUGCUUGAUAGAUCCUGAUGAAGUGAUGAAAUGGUUUGCAACUGCAGUUGCUUAAAUGCCUUUGUUUCCCUGCAGUAAUUUCAAUGCGCUGUAUGGUCCAGUUCGUAGGACGGGAAGUGAAGUACAGGUAAGAUUGUUCUGCCCUUUGAGAGUUGAACCUGAGAAUAAUAGUCUUGGAUAAACUAUUUGCUCAAUGUGAACCAAGCAGCACCAGCAUGAACAGCUCCCCGUUCUUCCUCUUACUCCACUGUGUCUUUGACGCUACAUAUACAUUGUCCCACUAGAAUUUUAUGUGUUUCAGUAUCUUCUGUUUCAGACAAAAAGGAGGUGAAACACCAAUAUAGUUUCAUAAUGGUCUCCUUGUACAGAAAUUUAAGAUAGUGCAACUAUUCAGUCACAAUUUUAAGUAUUUAUUUGCUUUCUAUAAAAACAUGCAUAUGAUGCUUUGGGGGACAUACUCCACCUAAGAAAGCUCACAAUAUUGUAAAAACGCAAUAAAUACAGCACUCUAAACCAAUCACAACUAGCAAAGGCUGCAGCCUUAAUAGUUAUUAAAAAGACCAUUUAAAACAGUUACAGAGACUAACCAAAGAGUGCUAUAGUAUGUACCAAUUCUGAAAAUAAAUUAAAAAUUGCAAAGGGCAGCUUGUAAAUGAUGGCUUUUAAGGCUUCAUUUAAAAAUCUGCAGCGCGGAGGCCAUGCACACUUCUUAGGAGAGAGAGUUCCACCUGAAUAGAGAUAGCUUGGUUGCCAGCUACCCAUCUCCCGGUAACCUCAUGCUUAGCUUACUGCAAUGCAGCAUAUACACAGCAGCUUUCAAAAAUAAUCCAGAAACUGCAGUUGGUCCGAAGUAGGACUACAAGAUUCCUUGAUUCUUUCUUCAGCGACUCCACUGAAGAAUAUGUCUACACUAAGCAAAGUGAAGUGGGGGGCUACUAAGGAGAGAGGGCCUUCUGUGUGGUGGCACCCCAGUUGUAGAAUGCCCAUCUGAGAGAGGCUGGCUCGGUGCCUCCUUAGGGUCCUUUUGUCCCCAGGUCAGGAUUUUUUUAAAAAAAUUCACAGGCCUAUUAGGUAUCUGUGAGUAGGAGUAUUCUGAAUUGCACUUAUGUGCUAUUAAUAUGCUUUGAUUCAUCCCUGCUGGACAUUUUUAUGCUGCAAACUGUUAUUUUAUUAUGGUGAUGGGAAGCUUUUUCGAGAGAGAGACCGGGGGCGGAGGGGAGAGAUGCAUUCUGAAGAGAGGGUAUUUGGUUGGAGGCUGUGUGAGUGGGACUGAAGGUGGCUGUGGGCAGGGCCAGAGCCUUCCCUCCCCGCAACCCCCUUUCUCACUUCCUUUUCCUCCCUGGCAAAGGACAGAUUACUCCUGGCCAGAGUUAUGAACUGCUGCUUGCUGGGGGUUUUGAAAUUAGGCCAAGGGCUGCUGGUUGUCCACCCCUGUGCUAGAAUCAUAAUGCUAAUUUAGGUGUUGGUUUGUUCCAAGGAGAGGAAGACGAUUCUUCUUUCCCCUGCUUGAAGCAUGCCAGUAGCAGCUGCAUAAAUGCGCUGCUGACUGCAGAGGCGUGUGAGAGUUGCUUCCCCGAGUCUUAACCAUUUCCUUUCUCAACAGGGGCGUGUUCAGCUCCAUUGGGACAAUUUGGAAGGAAGAAGGGCUGCUGGGAUUCUUUGUGUACGUGAGUCUGUCUGAAUUCCUAGCAAACCUUACUCAAUCUGAAACUUUUGUUUUUGAUCAGUUGCCACACCCUGCGCCAGCUCUUAUUCCAAACAGUCAUCUGCCAGCAGAACGGCAGGUUGCUGUUCCCACUCCUUAGGAUUCAGUUCUGCACUCAACAUUUUUCUAUCAGACAGUACAUAGGAUGCUGCUCCAAAUAGGAUACUCCUUUGGAAUUCUAAAACUCUGCAGGUACAUAGAGAUAAAUUUCGGCCCAUCAUGACCAGGCAGUAGUGUCUCCUGCGCGUCACAUAAAAGUGAUGAAAGCAAAUGACUUGGGGCUUCAUAGGCAGCACCUCAGCCUUGGAGCUCCUCCCUGCGUUAUGUCAGAGCCUAAGGCACUUUUUGGAAGGAGUCCCAGACUUACUACUUAAGCAACAAUAAUUACUAGGAAUGGCUCGGUCAAAACAGCAAUAAGGAGAUCAACAAAUCUUAUUCUAUCUGUGAUUACUUUUUAAUCAGCACUGAGGUUUCUAAAAUGCAUCUGUGCUGUAGAAUGCCAUGUAGAAUGAGUUAGUGAUUUCCUUUUGAAUUAACAGAACUUGAGGAUUGGAAUCUCUGUAUCAGGGUAGGGGUUAACCACAUUUUCUGGUCACUCUUGAUGAGAUUUUUGUCUAAAUUGCAUCUCUGUUUUUUAAAGGCAACGGUUCUGUUUUAAAUAGCCACAAAACUCUUGUAGUUUAACUCAAGUCUUUGUUAUCCAAUUUUCCUUCUUGGUUUUUCAGCGGUUUAGUUCCUCAUAUCCUAGGCGAUGUCAUCUUUUUAUGGUGUUGCAACCUUCUGGCUCACUUGAUCAACACCUACGCAGUGGAUGACAACGUGAGUGGUGGGGUUUCUCAUCCUGUUGAGUUGCUUGUUGGUUUAGUGCAACAGUGGAUCUCUGGGUGAUUUGCCCUGAAUCAGCGCGCGCGCACACACACACACACACCUGACUUGUGAAAAAGAAUGCUUGGGAGAAAACCAGGAGUGGAUUUUUGUAUGGAAGGACUUCUAAACUUGGUUUUGAUACUAUCCUUGAAUUUCUGGACUUUUUAGUGUAUGUCCACCUGACUGAGCUACUAUUUUGUACCUGGCAUUCAUGGUUUAACCCACCCCUGCUUUAGGGACUACUAGUUAAUACUGAUAUCACAGAAACAUAUGGGUCGGAAGAACUUAGCAGACUUGCUUAUAGCUGAAAUAAAACAUGCUAUGUUUUGAUAGCAAAAGUGUGAAGAGAGAGAGAGAAGCAGGAAAUUUUCAGUGACUUAUUCGGACCUAGGUUGAAGCCUUGAUUUGCAGAAUGUUCUAAACUGAAGGGAGAGGGGAGUCAUCUGUUAGUGAGGCCUCUCUCUGUUUCCACAGCUCAAAUUGAGCAUGGUUUUAAGUAGCUGACAAAUCUCAGCAGAGAACAUGAACCUCCCCCCACCCAGCAAUACUGUGCUGCUCGUCUGUAAACUUUACAAGCUCGAGCCGUCACCAUAUAGCAGCCAGGAAGUGCCUAUGCCACAUUCUAGCCAACUUUUUCUGUUCAGUGCACAUGGCUUCUCUUAAGCAUCAUUGAUUCCCCAUACUCAGUUUUUGCCUCGUUUGCAGCAUGCUAAUUUGGGCUAAGAAAAUAUCAAAACUCACAGACUUGAUUGCUGUGAGCUGCUUGUUAAUACGGCUCAUGAAGUCUUUUCCCCUUUGGGGGACAUGGGAUCAAAUAUUAAGACAGGUGGAGUUUAACUAUGGAAAAGUUAUUUCCAUUGAAGAGCAAGCUGAAUUGCUUAUACUUAGGUAACAACUCAGCAGUCUGUGUGGAGUUGAGUUUACAAUGUCUUCAGUUCAGUGCAGCUAUGGGGGACCUUUGGCCCUCGACCUGUUGCUGAACUACAAUUUCCAUCAGCCCCAGCAAGCAUGGUCAGUGACCAGGGUCGGUGAAACUUGUAGUUCACUGACAUCUGGAGGACCAAGCGUUCCCCACACCUGGUUUAGUAGGUGCCUCUUGUCAGUUUAAAGCUGUUGCUGCCUGCGUUAGCUCAGAUCUGGUUUAGAUUGUAUCUAGAACUAUGCCAGUCUCUCUGCAUAUUCCAUGCAGCCUUAUUGAUAACUGGUGAUCUGCUUGUAUUCGCUCAGUGUGUGUGAUGGUCUGAGCCUGAAGAAACCUCUGAUCUCUCUUUGUUUCAGUUCAGCCAAGCCUCUGUGAUACGAAGCUACACCAAGUUUGUGAUGGGGGUAUGUAAGCGAUUGUGCCUGUUGGGGGAAUUGGUCGACAUAUGACUUGUUCUCCUUCUCUCUUCCACUGUUCUAGGGAAAUCCGUGCACACCCAUGUAUGACUUUGUAUAAGUAAUGACUCCCAGCAACUGGGAACUUCAGAUCUCAGGGUUUGAACGGUUGAUUUAUGAUCCUGACUUAAAGCAAUAACUGGCUGCCUUUUUGGCAAAUGUGCCUCAAAUGUGGUCCAAAGUAUGAAACAGUGCCGCUACAGGCAUUAUUGCACACUGUAGUAGCUGUAACCCAUCCCAGGCCUCUGCUCCUCGCCUCUUCUCAUAGCCUUGCAGAGGGAGGCAGGCUGUGUAGACUUGGCUCACUCCCAUAUACAGUCAUACCUCGUGUUGUGUUCCGCUCAUGUUAUGGACUUUCAGCUUACGAAUGCAGCAAACCCGGAAGUGUUUACUUCCGGGUUCACCACCCACGCAUGUGCAGAAGCGAUCAGCACGCUUCAUGCACGCUCAGAAACGCUCGAUCGCGCCACGCACACGUGCAGAAGAGGUGCUCUAGUUGCGGACUUUUCAGGGUGUGGACGGCACCCUGAAAUGGAUUAAGUCCACAACUAGAGGUGCCACUGUACUGGCUCCCACAGCCACUGCCUCUUGCUCCACCAACGAUGGUGCUUAUGUCACAGAUUGGCCACUUUAAAAAAUCUGCUCUGCUUGAGUCGAGGUGAGUUAGAUGAAAGACCCAAGUCUCCUACCUGUAAGUCCUAUGAAACUGCAACUGGCGAGUGGCCAAAGAAUUGCUGGUCAACCCAGAUUCUCCUUGGGCUCGAGAAACUGCCAUGCUGCCAAACCAGACUCGAAUAAACCCACAAUUAAUAAAGUGCAAGAUGUGGGUGGGGAAAUCAGCUGUCAUCAUAACUUAUCCUUAAUGCAUAUGGAUCUCUUUCCACGUGUAAUUUUUAACAGGCAUGUGCAGCUCUGUUGUUAAGCAUCUUUCAGCUGCAGUUCUUCCUGCCAGUUGAUGUAUAUCUGGGGCCUGUUAUGCUGCUUUUCUACAUAACUGACAGUUAAGCUGCCUCGGGUGAAAAAGUUUCUCUCUCUGCACACUCAAAAUAUGCUGGUCCUGUCUUGUUGCAUGAGGCUUCUUGCUCAUUGUUUUUUGGGGGGAGAGGUGGGGGACAGUGUCUCGCUCUGCCGUAUGGAAGGGAAUGCCUUAGAUAUGUCUUUGUUUCAGAUUGCUGUGAGCAUGCUGACGUACCCCUUUCUUCUUGUGGGAGAUCUCAUGGCGGUGAACAAUUGUGGGUAUGUGAUUUCCCUCUCCCCACCCCCACCCCCAACCAGCGUCAUUAAUGAAAACUUAAUAAGUUGGCAGAACUACUUAAUCUAGUCAUAUUUUCCUAUACUGAACAGCUUAGCCUGGACAUAUGCACACACAGCAUGAAAAACCACGCCCUCGCAUCCCUGCACGCACCUAAAAAAGUGAUUUGGGACAGACAGACUUCAGGCCGAUGUGUUUGGAGAUGAUGCGCACUGAAGGAAAAAGGAGGAAGAGAAGACCUUGGCUGUGUGUAUAUGUGGAAAUAGCCCACAUUUAUUUUUGCUAGCCAGCCAGCAUUUUUAGGUCAAUAAACAUGAAGUGAACAGCCUCUGUGUCUCUCUCAGGUUUGUGAAUGUUCAUGGUCAUUGAAGGAGAUGGAGUUAAGUCGGUGGUUUUUUGUAAAGUUUCUGCAGCUUGUAGAACAAUGAGAGGGUUUGGUUUUCUGUUGUAUAUUGCCCCCUUUCUAGAGCAGGGACUGUAACUGAAUAAAUGAGAGCAUCUGGAGGCAGUAAUGAUUUUGGUUCCUGUUUACACCGUGAUUGCUUGCUUCUCUCGCCCUCAGUUUGUUCUCUUCCUUGACUUCUUUCUUUGCUGUAUAGGUUACUUGCUGGCCUCCCUCCACGCACCCCUGUGUUUUCUUCUUGGAUUCAGUGCUGGAGACACCUCAGUGCUCAGGUGGGCAGCCGUGUUUACUCUGAGAUGAGUUUAGCCAGAGAAAGUAAAGCUUUGGUUCAUGAGCAGUUCCUCAGUACAGAUGGAUGGCAGAAGCAUGCAUCCUUUCUUGUCCUGAACAGAAGUGGGUGAUUCUUAACUUUUUGCAAAUCUGCCUUUGCAAAUUUAGCCACAGAAGAAGCAAAAUGUCACCCCCCAUCUCCCCUGCCGUUUUCACUCUUUAGUGUUUUCAUAAUCUUUAAAAUCUUGUUCAGACUAACAUCAGUAAGGAUAAUCUUCCCAGUAAAGUCUAUUCCUGUGAGAUUUGGUGUUUGUCCUUUUACACCACAGUAAUAUUAUGCAGGGUUUCCCUAGACGUGUAUAAAAUACAGUGGCACCUUGGUUCUCAAACUUAAUCUGUUCCAGGAGUCUGUUCGACCCCCGGAACCAAGGCAUGGCUUCCGAUUGGCUGCAGGAGCUUCCUGCACUCAUUCGGAAACUGCGUCAGACGUUCAGCUUCUGGAAAACAUUCACAAACUUUGCGGCGUUCGGGAGCCGAUUUGUUCGAUGACUAAGCCGUUCAGGAACCAAGGUACCACUGUAAGAGGGAAAAAUGAAUGCAUAUGGGGGAUUACUAUUAGUAUUUUGCUCCUGGUUUACUGUUGCUGCAUCCAGCACCCUUAUUUACUAUACUUUUUUUAAAAAAUGACAUCUCUUUUAAAUGUUGGUUUCCAACACUUCUCCUGUUUUCUUCUCCCUAGGGGCAGCUCUUCAGAGGCUCCAGCCUACUUUUUCGUAGAGCAUCUGCACCAGCAUAUCUUAUUGAUUAAUAUCAUCUGGGAGAAAGAGGUCAACCUAGACUCUUGUAGAAGAAACCUUCAAUGCUUGCUUUGACAUUUCCCUUUUAAUUUUGAAGUCAAAGGUGAAAGAGCAAGAGCAUCUUCUCCCCAGCAAAUUGGACUGGCUUCCUAACUGCACCAUGUUGACUUACGUUGCCAGCUGAUCUUGCCAGUCAGGGUAGGGCAGGAGCACUUUUCAGUGCCAGCCAAGCCUAAAGUCCAAAGGGACAGCCUUACUGGAGAACGGUUAUAGCUUCUGAAGGCUUGGCAUGCACAUGGAUCUCUGGAGUCAGGGACAAAAUGAGAAGUUUGUUUACAUCAUUCUUUGCACUGCCUAAACCAGCCGAGACUUCAGUUGGUUGCAGUCUCUCCUCGGUGCCAUCGCUAGACAAGUAGAAUAGAAUAGCCAUUAUUGCGUUAGUCUGUGGACCAGCAAAACAUUAGACAAAUUGGAGAAGCUAAGCUUAGCUCUGUCAGCUUUGGCCUCUGCCUCAUUGGCUAGCCUACAUGCUAAAAUCCCAAUUGGUUUUAGAAUAUUUUUCAUACUUAGGAUUCAGGAGAGCCACAGAAAACGUACCGUAAGUGGCAGUAUAUUCAUUUCCUAACAAUGACAUGCAUAGAGCUGAAUCUUGAUUUAACAUAGCAUCUCUCAGGUCUUCCACCACCCAGAUUUUUCAUGGGGUUCUCUUAAGUUGGCACAUAAGAGUAAUCAAUUUUAUCUGGGUGUUGAACACUAAGAGGGAAGAUACACUUCCUAAGGGAACAUAACUACAAGCACCUUAAGACUGAGCUGAGUGUUGCGCACUAAUGAGAUGUUUAAGCCAGAAUUGGUAUAGCUAGUGCUAUUUUUCUAGAAAAAGAGGUGCUGGAACUCACCAUGAAUGCCUCCCUUGUUCUCUCAGAAUGGCAACCUCACCCGCCUGAUUGGUGCUGGAACUGAGUUCCUGCAAGUUACGGCUGAAAAAAGCCCUAGCACAGGUAGCGCUAAUAGUGUCCACAGGGCCACAUGUGGAUACCACAUGUGUACACUAGGGCUCUUCUGCCACUCAUGAAGCCAGGGGACCUUCUGGGGUGGGAUUCAGUGGCACACAAGGGGAUGCAGCUGGGGGGUGAAUCAUGGCCAAACUGAGAUAGCAUGUAAGCAAAGAAAGGAAAUGUUUUCUCUGCUGACCUGUAUGUGAAUAAGCUUGUCAGACUUGCCGUUCUAGACCUAUUUCCCCAGUUCAGCAGUGCUCCCCACUGUCAGAUGAUGCUGGGCAAGAACGUCUGCCGUGUUAAGGACUUGUAGCUUUGUUGUGUAGAACAGAACGGUUUUUGCACAUUGGUUGUCAUAGCUAAAGCUGCCUUCUGAUCAUGUGAAUUUGGGCCAUGAUUAGUUUUUCUAAUUUCUGCUUUAGAAGUUCAUGUGAGUUGGCUCUGGUUGACAUGAAGACUUUCAUUAUUAGAUCAGUUCCACAGUCAAGGGGGAGUCGUGUGGCUACUUCGCCACAAGCAUGGCUGACAGUUCAGUCCACAGCUGACUGCUUCCCCCACUUUUGCAUCUUUGCAGUAGCAUGGCAAACAUUGGGAAAUUAUCUUCCUGGCAAAGCAUCUACUUUACCAAUAAUUUUGAGACUUCUCUGCUAAACUCAUAUUCUCACCACACUUUAGUUCUGUGAAUUGGUGCUGAGCUUGAGACAAAGGCCAAGCCAACUCUUGUCAAUUAAUGUGGUUGUCCACAUUGGUUGCUUUGUGGUUGCUUUGGUUCUGCAACUUUUAAACUACUUGAUCUUGUAUGCCACAACAGUAUAUAAGAAAGGUCAGUUUAUUUGUGAAUUGCACUAAAGUAGUGUUUCAUUUCAGCAAGGAUGUGGUUGUAGCACGCUGGCUCAACUUAAGUUCAACUAUUAGCGUUUGUCUUCAGGAAACUAAGUGAUGAGGGAGUGAAAAUCCAGCAUUGGGAUUCUAAAGGCUACUAACUCCUUGUCCAGUAAAAGUGUUAGAGGCAUUCCUUCGUUUGUGAUCAGAGCUUAUUUAUACACACAAAAAAUGGCUUUAUUCCCGUCCAGUGCUGCUGUACAUAGGCUUUCCCCGUUCUAUUUGCUGUGUUGUUAGUUCUUUGUUGUAUGUGCAUGAGUGGUGUAUGUGUUACUAAGUAAUUCCAAAUGCAUCUGUGCUGGCUUCUGCAGUGCCUGGGGAUUCUUUCUGGGUCAGAAGGAAGGGCAUUAAUUUUGUAAUGUCAUACAGUGAAAAAUGAUAUGGAUGUCUUGUGAUUUCCCCCCUCUAAAUCCUUGGGGAGCCCAGGAAGAGCCUAGUCUUGCUUCUUGCAUCCAAGGAACUGCAACAAUUCCUCAGAGAAGAAAUAGGGUCAUUUGUUUUCCAGAUAGGUGUCCCAAAUCUUUUACUUUCCAAACAUUGUCAUUUGAACAGAUACUUGUCUUGAUGCUUUGGAGAUCUUGUCCUGUAUAGCAUAUUUGUACAUGUAUUAUUAGUACAUGUGGGAGGCUCUUGUGGUAUCUAAAAUAUCUGCUACCUUAUCCCUUGGACCUAACCCGUCACUUUAAUGCUUUUACCUUUACCAUAAAACUGCAUGAUAUUGUUUUUAUAACUGUUCAUUGAAUUCACUUUGAAAUAAAACUGUGGAAAAUGACAUCCCU